AUGUCGACCAACGCUGCCCGGCAGAAUUACCUGCAGAUCAGGGAGCAGCAGCAGCUGAACCGCGAGCGGGCGCGGGAGGCGAUGAUUGAGAAGCAGCGAGCGGAUGAAAUCAUCCAGCGUCAGAAGGCGCAAUUCAAUCAUGUUUCUUCACACGGAUACGGGAAUCUGAGAGGUGGCGGCGACGACGUGGAAAUAAAGGUUUUCAUCCGCGAGUGCGACGGCGAUCGGGCGCAGUCGUUCAGCUUCAUGGAGAACGACGCCACGCAGAAGCGUUGUGCGGCAGAGCCAGCAGCCAAGCCACGUCCCGCACAGCAGCUGCAGCAACAGCGGGCGCCGCGCGGUCCAACGAAUGCAGUCAACGCCCCGCGCGGUCCAACGAAUGCCACCAACGCCCCGCGCGGUCUAACGAAUGCCACCAACGCCCCGCGCGGUCUAACGAACGCUGGCAGCGUCCCGCGCGGCGCGGUGCCGAAGUACAUUGUGCAACGCAAGGCGGAGUUGGCCGCGGAGAAGGAUGCACUGCAGCGCGAGGUGGAACGUCAGAAGGAGGUGGCAAAGUAUCCGCCGGGCCACCGCCCCAUCACGGAGGAGGAGCGGCAGGAGACCCUCGCGAAGCUCGCCAGCCGGCGGAGGGAGCUCGAGGUGGAGCUGAACAAGAUCCCCAUCCGCUACGACACGCAGUCAAUCCGGGCGCGGCGCGGCAAGAUUGAGAAUGAGCUCAGCGAGAUUGACGAGGCGGAGCGGAAGUUCAGCUCCACACGGCAGCUGUUCGUGCCUAUUUGA